UUUGUAUGUUCAUGUUCAGAUGCUCACUUCGACCGACCUGCUGUGGCUUCAGUGUUACGUACGGAGAGUGAUCGUGUACCGCAUGUUCUCGUUAGCCAGGCAAGCACAGAUUUGCGCAGAACACGUUCCGAAAGCCAGUUGGUGGCCAAGGCGUUGGACUCGAUAUCAAUCAGUUCGUCUGUAUCAGGUGGCAUGGAAGAUGAAGUAAUUUCGGUCUACACUCUUAGUUCUCUUGGAAGCGAGCCAACCAACGAUCAGCUGAUGACAUUGUCGAUCAUGAUGGCACCCUCACACCCGAGUGUGCUCACUCCACGUGCAAAAGACGACACUUUGACACCAGGAAUGACGAUGGCAAGCGUUGAAAAAGAAGUCGCAGCAGCUGGGUUAUUGCCAACGACACUGGGAGGUCAAAUGGUUGCCUUGCAAGCAAGCAAGCGUAAAGUGCUGGACUUGAUGCAAAAGCGUCGUCCUGUCACUCCAUCCACAGGCGUUGACAAUGUCGAAAUGGGUGCCGAUGCUGGAGAUCUGGAAGUCUCCACUGCCACCGAAUGGAAAGCGGAGUCCAGUGUUGAAAUGCAGGUUGUAGAUAAAAAGGAGAAGCGGAAGAAGGGUAAAAAGAAUCGGUCUCCUACUACACGCCAAACGCAACCGGGCCAGAGUUUGCAGGAUUCUCCGACAUCGUCUCUGGGCUUCGCUAAAUCGAAAACUACUAAAUCUGUUCACUUCCGUGAAAAUGUUCUCUGGGGUCAGUCGCUCAUUAUGAAUGUUGACGGACGUCAUCGUCACCAUGCAAGAUCCAUGGCAAAGACUUGA